CGGAAGUAACGAACUGAAACAACAAGAGCUGUGUCGUUUCUACACAAAUAAUGAACGAAAAAACAAGUCAGUGAUUUUGUCGUCGCCUUGGAGCUUCAGACGUUAACAUGGACGAUUGUUUUAACACAAUGCGCAAGGAACGAAUGGCGGUUUUUGGGAUAUAAACAUAAGCUGCGAACAUGAACGCCUUCUGUUUUCAAACGUAAACAUCCGCUGAACAGUUCAUGGCCAUGUGUGGGGAGCUACUUUGCUAUGCUAGCCAUGUUUAAACUGUAUUUUUCUGUCGAAAACAGAAACCGAGUCUCAGCUAACGCACAGCUUUAACACGACUGGACGGGGUAUUUGAUAAAGGUUUGGUUGGAUUGCAGAGACGUCAACGUUACUUCAGAUAUGAAUGGGGCAGCUGCUAGCUAGCUUUCCCUUCAAAGCUGUUUGUUUUGCUUGACUGGGAACUACAGAGUUAAUAAUGCUAUGGGAUUUUUAUAGUUCUGGAGCACAAAUAAACUAAGGAUGAUGUAUUUAAAUUCACUCAGCUAAAGUGAUUCGUGGACAUUGCGCAACAAGAGGGCAUCCUUAUUAUGGGUCUGUUGAACUUUGUUUUCAGUACAAUUGGAAAAUGCAUAGAUAUCAUCUGCCUCCUUCUGGAUUUAAACUUUGUGAUUGUCAGCUCAAUAAUUCAGCUGCUGGUGACAGUGAUCUCUUUUGUCAAUAGUUUACCCAUGCUACUCACAAACUCUGUGCUGGAGUGCUGGAAUAUCACUCUUCUUUGCAUCAUCACAAUGAGGGAUGGGGUGACUAUCGUGACCCAUAACAUGCUCGGAGGGGGGAUGCAGUUAGUCGGAGGUGCGCUGGAAAGUUUCAAGAUGAUUGGAUACCUGUCUUCACAUUUACUGUUCCGCACCAAAGAGCUUGUCCACCGCGGUCUGCUGUCAGGACACGGCUUGCUACGGCAGGCCUGGGAGGGUUGUGGCAUUGUGUUCAGCCUGUUGCUGUAUUUCAUCAACACAAUCGUCAACCUACUGCUUAUAGGAACACAGAAUUUAUAUGCCGUGUUUGUCAGCAUGGUGGAAGCUGUGUCGUGCCCUUUGCAGAAAGCUCUGGAGUUGACCUUGACUGUGCUUACUUUCCUUCACAGCAGUCUUGUGGGCACCUCCAUCCUUCUGUGGACACCAUGCAGACUGACCAUGGAGUUCCUGGGUUCUGCGUGCCACGUCUUUGUCAGCGUAUUCCUGCUCAACUCGUAUGGGUUGCUGCUCACCCUUGUCAUCAUUGCGAGUGCCACAAUCUACCUAAACCCUGUAUUCAUUCAGCAAGCAGCUGUGCACAUAGUCAAUUACAUCAACACAGUGCCAACCAUGCACCACUUAAAUAUGCUCGAGAGGAACUUGUGGCGGCGAAUCGCCUGGCUUCGCAGUCGGAUAGGCCUCUGGGUGCCUUCUGCAAGAAGAGAAGCUGUAGACAGGGAAGAGCCCAACCGAGAGCAGCAACCUCCUCCAGCUGACAUGGAUGGAGGAGACCCGGUGGUGGAGGAUGGACCCCAGGGUGCCCAGCAAGUGGACGAUCCAAUAGACCUCCCUCUCCCCAGCACCAGCUCCCACAGGCCGCUGCAGAAAUUUCCCUCUGAGGGCAGUUGCAAAGGCCCUCCGACCGAAAACCUGCUGACACUUUUACAGGAGCAGGAGGAGAGGAAGAAGUGUGUCAUUUGUCAGGACAGCACUAAGACCGUUGUGCUUCUGCCCUGUCGUCACUUGUGCUUGUGCAGAGCCUGCACCAACAUUCUGCUAACCCAACCUAUCUACCAACACAACUGCCCUCUGUGUCGCCACAUGAUCUUACAGACCAUGGACGUUUAUCUCUGAUGGAGGUCUGUUUUGUCAUCCUCAGGUUUUUUGAGCAGAACUGUUCCUGAUGGAGAUGUUUGUCUCUGUCAGUAAUGUUUUGGGAAACCACAUUCCCUGAUCAUCCUUUAUAUUAAUUCCUUUGUUCACUGUAUAAAGAUCACAUGUUUUAAGAAAUUCAUAUAUGAUUGUGAUGGUGGUGAGGCUGAUAACUGUGACCGUGUUUUCUUAUGUUUUUAUAUGCAUUGUCGCUUUCUCAUCAGCAUUGGUAGCAACACUAUUUUGUCAUAGAGCAAUAUUACACGAAUGUAAGCUUUGUAUUUAAAUUGUAAAAAAAUGUUUUGUUCUGAGAUGCUGUGCACAAUUGGUUGUGUUUAAAGGGGACAUUUGUAUGCUAUAAUACUAAAGAUAAUCAUUACAGAAUUGUUGUCUUAACUCAAUUUUGCCUGACUGUACAAAGUGAUCAAAAGUUUAAUGGAAACAUCAUAUUGAUUUUUUUUAUAAUGUUUUGCUUUUCCUGCCCUGUAAUCAUUCCAUGAAAACUGUCUUGCACAGUAUUAAUGCCAUGUGAGUCUCACUACCAUAUUUUCAGACGCCUUUCUACAAUCUGAUGAUGUGUUCGCAAUUUAUGCUGUUUUUGUCAUUUAUUAUUGAACAGCAUUAGGGUUUUAAUGGCUGUCUUUACUGCUGAGAUGGUAUUGAUCAGUGCAGUUUAAAAUCGAAAAUUUUGUGCAAAUUUUUCUUUCAAGAGACAGUAAUUCAAUUCUUUUCCUGUCUGAUUCCCACACGAGUGCUAUUUGGUGAAGAACAGAGUGGCAAAAAGGCUUUUAACUCAGAUUUGGUCAGUAAAUCUUAUUAGAACUUACUAUUUUGGAAAUAUGUUGUUUUUAUUGGUACAUUAGAGAAAACCUAAGGCCAUACUGGUGGUGUAUCUUAUUUAGUUUUGUCUGUUUUAUCUCGAAAGUGAAUUCAGAAAGAUACAAAAUGCAUAAGACAAUCAGGCAACUUUAUGAAGGAAAGCAUUGUUGUCCCAAGUUUUUUUAAUAUUGGGAUUGAUAAUAUUUCCGAUCUGCCCAUGGUUGGUUAUUGUAUUUUUGGUUUUCAUACAAACAUCUGAUUUUCAUUUCAUAUUCAUUCCACAAACCUUUUUGUAUUCUUGUACUACAGACAUGUAUUUUAUAUAAGGGUCUCCACUGGCACUGUUUGUUGGUAGAGCUGAUGUUUGUCUCUUCAGCUAAAUAUCAAAGCUAUAUUCAUUGAGUAUCCAGAUAAACAAUAAACAGUAUUUGACUGUCA